ACUUGUCACGGGCUUGGGACAGAGCGGUGACCAUGGCUAGCCUGGUGUUGUCUCCUGUGCCCAACAACUGGCUGGUGGUAUUGCUGCUGUUGCUCUCAGCCCAGAUGGUGCCGAUAGCCAAAACACAGGACCUGAAGGAGAAUCUCCAAGGAAGCACUUGUUCCGAAAUCUGGCAGAACCCACGUUUCAUAGCCAGGAAAAGGGGCUACACAGCAAAGAUGCAUUGCCACACGGAUGGCACCCCCAGCACUGUGAGCUGGCUGCGGAAGCAGGAGACCGACCUGGAGCCCCAGCAGCUGAAGAAUACAGACCGUAUGGUGCAGUCUCAGAAUGGCUCCGUCUUCACCCUUGCCAUCCAGGCCAUCCAGUUUGAGGACAACGGCAUCUACUUCUGCCAGCAGAAGUGCACCAGGGCCUCCCAGGAGGGAGCCACAGUCAACUUGGGCUGCGGCACUGAGCUGCGAGUCAUGGGGUUCAGCACCUUGGCACAGAUGAAGCGGCGGAACACGCUGAAGGACGGAAUCAUCAUGAUCCAGACCCUGCUCAUCAUCCUCUUCAUCGUCGUGCCCAUCUUCCUGCUGCUGGACAAGGAUGAGGGCAAGGCUGGGAUGGAGGAAGAUCACACCUAUGAGGGCCUGAACAUCGACCAGACAGCCACCUACGAGGACAUAGUGACUCUUCGGACAGGGGAGGUGAAGUGGUCUGUGGGUGAACACCCAGGCCAGGAGUGAGGGCAGAGCCCACCCUACCUGGGCGCAGCCCCCUGGGCCUCAGUGACUGCUUUGGAGCUGCCUGGCUCACAGCCCACCCCUGGCCCUCAGUGGCCUCUGAAGCUGGCCUGCCAGAGCCACCUCCUUGCUCCAGUGCCUGGGCCAGGCCAAGGGCUAGAGAAGAAGGGCAACCAGGAGGUGAUAUGGUAGGAGUUCUUUGGGGUGGACUGGCUCCUGCCUUUCAGGGGUGCUAGGGGGGAUACACCCCCACACAUGGGAUGGGGAGGGCAGAGACUGGUGCAGAUGCUACAAAUGGACUCAGAGCAGUCAGCUUCUUAAAGGGCAUGGCCCUUCCCUGGGCCCCAGGAGGGCCACUGAGAACUUGAUUCCUUUCUCCCAACCUCUCCUACCCCACAGGCCCUGCCCUCAAGUCCUUUAUCCCGUGGAAUAAACUGUGUC